AUGGAAACCGAUGAUGGCAGCUUGUUUGAAGUUUCCCUUCCUCUAAGCAUUGUCGUGGAACACAUCGGAGAUGGCGUGAGAUGCCUUGUCGAAGGCGACGAAGUGGUCAACGCUGGUCACGUAAUUGAAUGCAGCGUUGUUGCUGCCACAUGCCAGUCUGCGGGCCCUCUUCAUAUAAUUGCGUUUGUUUUGCGAUCUUCCGGACUUCAUAAAGAACCGCACAAGGUGGACCUGAUGCUUGAAAACUGCGCGAAAGUUUUACAAAUCAACUGCACAUGCCCAGCCGGAGCGUCUCACAAAUGCAAGCACUGUAUUGCUGUGCUACUUCACAUAAAUAGGACUCAGAAGUUGACCAUGUUGUCAUCAACGGAUCUCCCUCAGUCGUGGGGACAAAAUGCAAAAAGCACUGUAAAGCAAAGAUAUGCUCCUACGCCUGCGCAUAAACUACCUUGUUGCCGAAAGGGUCCAGUACAUCGUGCAGCCCAGAGGAACUGAACAGCCAGCCUGCAGCUGGGGCAAGCAAACAACCCACAGCAAUGCUUAAUUUAAUUAGGACAACGGACAAGCAAGACUUUGACUGCUUUCUGGAAGAAGCACGCGCAGUUUACAAUCAGAAGACUGUAGCAGAAAUAGAGAGAAUCACUGCAGGACAAUCGACCAAUGAAGAAUGGUUCAAAUACCGCAGGGGCAUCGCAAGCAGUACACUGUGCCAUUCAUUUAAAACAAAGGCGAAAAAGCUAAAGUCAGAGCCAUUGCCACAUAACCUCAGUGGCCUAUGUAAAUCAGUGUUAAGAGCGCAUGUGUUUCAGACUGAGGCCAUGAGAAAUGGCCUUGCAAAAGAGGGUGUAGCAAAAGAAAUGUACAAAGAGGUGAUGCAGCGUUAUGGUCACAGCGUUACAAUAGAGGAGACUGGUUUUUUCAUCUGGAGCGAGUUUCCACUGAUUGGCUGCUCACCAGAUGGUGUGGUACAUUUUGAGUGCACUUGCUGCUCAGGAAGGCAGGGACUACUAGAAAUAAAGUGUCCACAGAAACUUAAGAAUGCGUUCAGCAAAGAUAAUCCAAAACCCAUAUAUAUGACGCAAAUGCAAGUCCAAAUGGGUGUGCUUGGUAUUUCUAAGUGCGAUUUCUUUGUGUACGAGUCGCAAGAAGU